AUGGCUCGGCAGCCGCUGCAGUCCCCUUUCGUCCCCUCUCUCCCGGCGGUGACGUGUGGGGCCCUGCAGCAGGAGCGAACAGCUGCUGCAGCUGCAGCAGCAGCAACAGCAGCAGCAGAAGUUACGGGUGCAUCUGCUGCUGCUCCUGUAGGGGGCUCGGGAACCCCUUCCGCACCAGGGGCGACGCCAGCAGCAGCAGCAGCAGCAGCAGCAGCAGAAACGCUGUCCCCUGUUGAUUGCCCCUUAGCGCCCGACUCUUCGGGGCCCCACACAGACAGAAGUUUUGCUUCUGCAGCAGCAGCAGCAACGCCUCCUGGAGCAGCAGGAGCUGCAGCAGCAGCGCCAACCGAUCUGCUGCUGUCUUUUGGGGGAGGCCUCGUGGGGGACGCGCUGGACAUAGUGGGCAGUCAGCAGCAGCAGCAACCUGCAGCAGCAGCAGCAGCAGCAGGAACCGUACCCAAGGGUGCUCCUUGUCUGUCUCUCGCUUCGUUGUGCAGCAGCAGCAGCAGCGGACCGCUGGACCUGAAGGCUGAUCCCGCCGGCAGCAGCAGCAGCAGCGCAGCAGCAGCAGCAGCAGCAGCAGCAGCAGCAGCAAGGGGACAAACCCCAGGAACGAAGAAGCGCUGGAAGAGCGGGCACCAGAAGCGUGUUGAGCGAAGGUUGAGAGAGGAGUUAGCAAGGAGACAGAGGCUGCUUGCAGCAGCAGAUACAGACGGAGACACAACCCGGCAGCAGCAGCAGCAGCAGCGGUGCCUCCCUGGGUACGGGGCCCUCAGCGGCUUGGGGGUAGCAGGCGGCGCUUCGCCGGGAUCGUCUCCUCCCCGUGGUGCAGCAGCAGCAGCAGGCUGUGGGGCCCCACAGCAGCAGCAGCAGCAGAACGGCCAGGGAGAGGACGCAGCAGCAGCCGCUGCAGCACUUCUUGCAACGCUGCCUCUCGGAGGUACGGUGCUGCCUGGUGCAGCUCCAGCAGCAGCAGCAGCAGCAGCAACUGCAGCAGGAGCAGCAGCAACAAGCACACCUUCUUCUCGCUGUAAACGGGGGCAGAGAAAAGAGGCGCAGCACUUGAGUGCUGCUGCAACAGACGCGCAACAGCAGUUAGCUAAGGGCCAGGCAGCAGCAGCAGCAGCAGCAGCAGCAGCAGGGGCCCCCUUUUCUGCUCCAGCAGCAGGAACGCCCUAUAACCCUCUCGAUCUCUCCUGCACCAACCCCCAGGUGCUGCAGCUGUUGCAGUCUCUUGCUGCAGGUCGCGCUGCAGCAGCAGGAGACAAGAACGCCCUGGCCUUAACGCCGAAGCUUGAGGAAGCAGCAGCAGCAGCAGCUGCUGCUGCAGCAGCGGAGGCCGGUGACGCAGCAGCGGCUGCACUGGCGCAGGGAGCGGAAGCUGCAGCAGCAGCAGUUCGCGCUCAAGACGGAGCAGCAGCAGCGGCAGCAGCAGCAGCUGCUGCUGACGCGAUCCAGAGUGCUGCUGCUGCUCUGCGCUGCAGCAGUGGGGAGGCGGCGCUGGCUAGCUCCGCAGCAACAGCAGCAGCUGCAGCAGCAGCAGCAGCGGCACCCGUGUCCCUUGCCUCUCUGUGUGUAGGUGCAGCAACGGCAGCAACAGCAGCAGCAGACUGCAGCAGCACGCCGCCGCCACGCGGGAAGAGACAGCGCGGCAGCAGCUCAGGAGAGCAGCAGCAGCAGCAGCAGCAGCUGGACGGGCAGCUGCUGGGUGGUGUAGACGCAGAGGCAGCAGAAGCAGCUCUUCAGGCAGCAGCAACAGCAGCAACAGCAGCCGAAGCAGCAGCAACUGCUGCAGAGUCCGCCGCAGCAGCAGCCCUUCAGGCAGCAAGUGCAGCAGCAGCUGCUGCUCAGACUGCUGCUUCUGUUGCUUUCUGUCUUGCUGCUGCAGCAGAGCAAGCGCCACCUCCACCGCCAGCACCAGCAGCAGCACUGCCUCCUCUCUCACCGAAGAAGCAGCGGCCUGCUGCUCUAACCUGUGGGGGGGAGACGCCUCCGAUUGCGGAUUGCUAG